UUCGUUGUUACCAGGGACACCAGUGUAAAUCAUCAUUGGAAAAAGGUUGUUGCAUCAAAUUAUUUUACAAUACACAAGCAAAAAUGAUUCCACCCAACGUUUCGCUGGUCAAAUAUGACAAUCCAGUGCUUGUCAGCAGAAAUAUGGACAAGAAAACUCCAAAGGCACGUGCACUGAAAGCAAGUCCAGCUCCACCAACAGGCUCUGGACCUGUCCCAAAUCCACCUGGGAAACAGAAGCUGGCCCCAGUAGAUGCAAAGGCUGCUCAACAAACAGAUGAAAUCCUCAACUCCAUACUGCCUCCACGUGAGUGGACAGAGAGUGGUCAGUUAUGGGUACAGCAGGUGUCCAGCACUCCCGCCACCAGACUUGAUGUGGUGAACCUCCAAGAAGAACUUGACCGUCGGCUCCAGCAGCGACAAGCACGUGAGACAGGCAUCUGCCCUGUACGCCGGGAACUCUACUCACAGUGCUUUGAUGAGCUGAUCCGCCAAGUAACCAUAAACUGUGCGGAGCGUGGUUUACUGCUGCUGCGUGUGAGAGAUGAGAUCCGCAUGACAAUAGCCGCCUACCAGACCCUCUAUGAGAGUAGUGUGGCCUUUGGCAUGAGGAAAGCUCUACAGGCAGAACAGGGCAAGGCGGAUAUGGAGAAGAGGAUUUCUGAGCUGGAAGACGAGAAACGCGAGCUUGAGAAGAAUGUGAAUGAGCUGAAGGCCAAGUGUGAUCAGAUCGAGAAGCGCGCCCAGGAACAGAGACAGGUUGAGGAGAAAAAACACACCGAGGAGAUCCAGUUCCUCAAGAGAACCAACCAACAGCUUAAGACCCAGUUGGAAGGAAUUAUUGCCCCCAAGAAAUAGACAGACAGUGAACUGACAAUAGUUGCAGAAACAUGUAUUUAUUUGUUUUCCUCUGUGAUAAUGCUCUACUUACAAACAUUCCAGUUUAUAAAUAUGUGAUCACAGAUUGCCGUCCAACAUACUGAGUUUAUUAUAAAAAUGUUUAUAUGAUGUAAUAAAUUUGUAUGAAUUGUUCAGUAUUAGAGCAAUAACUGUUUAUUUUUGGCCAAUUAUUGGCAAAAUAACUUGUCAAAAUGGAAUGUCAAGUAUUAAGAAAACUGCUGAUUUAAACUGAUGAAGGUUAUAUUUAAUAUUGAAAAUAAAAAGUAAUAUUGUAUGCAAAAAUUAAGGUACAUUUCAUUAGACCUUUAUGUAUUGAAUUGUUAUGUAUUAAAAUUUAAAAAUAUGCAAAAAACCUCAAUUGUAUCAAAUAAGAAUCUGUGAUUUUGUUUAUCUGUUAACAAUUUCAAAACUGCUGAGGAUUUGUUGUUUAGACCUGUUUUGCCAAACUCAUGUGAAAUAUAAUAUGAAUUAAAGCAAUAAUGUUUUCGGUUUCAGUGAAAAAGAAUCUGUUCAUUAUUAAUAUUCUUUGUGAGAUAUUGUGAUCAUUUCUGUAUUAUAACAUUUUCACAUUAUUAAAGAUUCCAUAUUUGAAACUU